UUGGAAUUGCAACAAGUUUUGAUUUUAAUAUCGAUGAUCAAAAUAAUAAUGUUAAACUCAAUCAAGAUAUUUUAUCAUUACAAGAUACUUUGGAAAUUUAUGUUACAAAUUUGAAACCUAAAAUAGAUGUUAAUAUAAAUGAAGUAAAUGAGCUUUUACUUACUUAUGAAUGUCAGUCAAAGAUUUCUGAAAAAGAUCCAAACAAACCACUUAUUAAAGCUGUGUUACAACGCCGUGUACUUGAAGAAAUACUUGCACAAGCGGAUUUCUAUUUCAAGGAAUUCAAGGAUUCAAAUAAAGAUCAUCAUCUUGAAUCUAACAUAGUCUCCAAAACUGUGGUAUUAAAUAAUUUAAUGGAAAAACUUUAUAAUAGUCGUCUAGGUGAUGAUGAAAUAACUCGUAUUACACCAAUAAGAAUACGUCAACAAGUUUAUACUGCACUUGGCACUCGAGGAUUUAAUGAUAUCAGAAAAACCGAUGGUGAAAUUCUUAAACACGAUUCUAUUGAUAUUAUCUCAAAUAAAAUCAAUAAGGUGAUAAAUAAAUAUCGUAUUAUUAAUGAUAUUGAUAAGAGAAGAUAUGUAAAUGCCCUGGCAAAAGAUUUAGUUCUAAAUGUUGUUAGAAUAUUUUAUUUCCGCUUACCCAUUCAAGAACCAAUGGCUCAGUAUCAUUGGUUUAAUAAUAAUGAAAGAAUCAAUAAAUCUUACAUGAAAGGCUGUUGGGAUGAGGAUGAAAUUGAAGAUAUGGUCGUUGAAGUUUGUUCAUUCCCUAUGAUUUAUAAACCAGAAGAUGAUGGUGAUAAAAUUUGUACUCCAGCGAAGGUUUUUCCAAUUCAUAUUAUUAAAGAACAAAGUAUAGGAGAAAAAUUGAUGAGUAUGGUUAAAUACAUUUACUCAUCAAAUGACGACUCAAAUGCAACAAAAUUCGAUGAGUCGGAUGAAUAUGAUUCCGACCAAACUAAUGUAACCGAACCUGACGAAUCAAGUUAUCAUUUUCACGACAAAAUCAAUGAUCAGGUUAUAGUUUAUUAAAAAAAAAAGGCACUAUAGCCUAUAGGACAAUCGAA